AUGGGAAAGAAGAGGAAUGACGAUCAUUCACCGUCAAGGGAAAAGAAAAAGAAAGUCUUCACUGAGAGACUAAGAGGAAUGUUUCCUGGGUCUGACCCUCGGAAAUGUAAUUUUGCCUUUCAACGAAAAAUCGAACAAUUCAAAGACGAUGUGAGACAAGUAUUGGCAAUUUGCCCGUCUACCUUUCAGGUUAUAGAUCGAGUUCGCCACAUCGUCGGGAUCGCUCUCGAACCCGUCACAGGAAAAGCGGCGAACGCAGACGAAGGUCGGAUCGUCGCGGCCGGUCUCCUGAAAAUCGAUACGACAUCAGUCGAUCACGACGUUCGAGAAGUUCUUCGCGUCACACUCGUCGCUCAGAGCGUAGUCGCUCGGGUCAUUCUCGUCGCUCAGAGCGGAGUCACUCGCGUGAAAUUGGCCAGGGCUCACAACAACUUCCGCAGUAGUCGGAGGAAGAACGAGAGGAAUUUCCGAUACGGACUCAGAAAAAAUGACGAGGUGGAAAUCGAUACCGAGCAGUUGCCAGCGGGCGCACUAGGGGCCGAAUCAACAGCCCCGGUCGACAGGGAACAACACGCGAGCGUGACUACAACGGACAAUGAAAACCAGCCUGAUCAUGAAGUUGACCUUGGAGAGGACGUAUUAAACGUUAUUGGACCGCGUUUGGAACCGGACCAGAAGAAGGCCCCUGCAUUGCACAAGGAUAUUGUCAUUCGUUGGAAAGAGAUCUUUGAAAAAGGAAUUUCUAACGAGGAAAACAAGAACCUAGUGAAAAAAUAUAAUUUUCCCGAAAAUUGCGGAUUCAUAGCUGCCCCAGUGCUAAAUUCGGAGGUUAUUGCUGCAAUACAGGAGAAUGUCAAAACAAGAGACAAGUGUAUUACGGAAAAACAAGAGCGCAUCGCUGCCUGCAUGGCAGCCAACGGAAAAACUAUCUCGAUUACUUUAAAAUCGGACAGUCCAGAUAAACUCGAACGGCUCGAAAUUGAGAGCGACAUAGGAAGACUCCUGGCUUUUCUCCAGAGGGAGGAAUCAGAAAUUCGCAAGAGUUUAAUCCUCGCGAAUCUCAAUUCAUCCGUCAGAGAAAUCUUGACGGGCUCGACAGUCGACGGUUUCCUGUUCGGGGAAAAUCUGGAAGAAAAAAUAAAGACUGCAAAGACGAUUGAGCGUGCAUCAAAGGACCUUUAUGUCUAGCGUAAGCUCUCGAAAAAUUACAUGCGUAUUAAUGCAUUAUUGCGUUUUUGGUUUGAAAUGUUAUGAAAAUUUAAAAAUGUUUAAAAAAUAAAUAUAACAAUUUCCUAAACAGCCGUAACUCGCUUUAAACAGCUACAAUUUAAUCUCUGAAGGAAGAGGCGCAAAAUACAAUUAACGAUUAAACGAACUUACCUAAGUGAAGUUCAAUCGUGAUUGUAUGAGCGCCUCUUCCGAAGAGAUCAGUCCCGCCCACCCAUUAAUCUCGUAUGAGAUACCCAAAACAUAUCAGUUACGGCUUAGAAAAGAGAACUUUGAAAAAAUGAGAAUCAACAACGGAGCAGGUUAUGGGUUGCAUAGCAACCCGGGAAAAAAGCUGGCUUUAAAACUUGUGGCGACGAAUGAGGCAAGUGAGGGGUACUACAAUUUGAACUCUGAAGGAAGAGGCGCUCGUACAAUCACGAUUGAACUUCACUUAGGUAAGUUCGUUUAAUCGUUAAUUGUCUUCAGACAUCAUCCCGAUACACUCACUCCUAUCCUCUACCACCAAUUCACGGACCCCACGUCAAUAGACCAGUAUCUAUCGCUAUCUCUCCAAGAACAUUGGUAUAAACGAUGUGUCGAUGACAUUUUCACUUUGGUAAAAAAGUACCACACAAUUCACUGUUUGCACUAUAAACAAGGAAUAGCUUGAUUUUCUUGGAUGUAUUUCCUAGAAUAUACGGUACACAUAUUAUAUUGUAUGAGAGUAAGAGAAAUACAAACAAGAGUGUAUGCCUCUUUCCGUAAUCCCCGUGUGGGUGUGUGUCGUGUGAAAAAAGAGAGAGAAACGCGGGCAUGAGAUCAGGUGUGUGCCGCGUACCUCACUUCUACUUCUACUAGCGUUAGAAAUCAUGUAUUACCGAUUGUGUCUCUAAAUUACUAUUUUUAUUCAUUAAAUAUUUCUCAAAAGUAUUAGUGAUUAAUAA